CCACUCUCGUUCCACUUUUGUCUCCACUCGAUACAACCAACUUCUCACACUCACAUACAUACGCCGCAACGCAACGCACGGGCAUCUCAUUGAUCAACAAAGAACAUUCCAAGUCGAUAACCCAACCCAACACACACACACUCUCUACACUCCCUUAGCCUCUCGCUCACCUCCCACUCCCCUUCCCGUUGCCCAAAAUGGUCGCUUUCUUCGCCUUGGCGGCUCUCCUUCCCGCCCUCGUCGCCGCCGUCCCCUGCGUGCAGUUUGACGCCCAGUUCAACCUCUACGCGUUUGGAGGAGAGCAAGACGUCAACCUGGGUCCAAGCUCGAGCUGGUCAUCUCCUUCUCCCAAGCCCCUGUCGACCGUCGGCCGUCCCCCCUUCAGCGGUGCCAACUUGCAGUGUCUCCUUUCACAGAGCAACAACGCGGUCUACGUCAUUGGUGCUGAUGCCGCCGACGCUACUUCUGUUUACAUCUACGACAUUGCCGGCGACAAGUGGAGCAAGCAGACGACCUCGGGUGGCCCCACCUCGACGGGCAACUCGCGCUCGGCGGCCGUGCUCGACCACGACACCAACGUGCUCUUCACCAUCCCCAGCGCGUCGGAGGGUGCCUACUCGCUCGACCUUGGUCUCAUCACCAACACGGCUGCUGGUACCGCUGCCUGGAGCAACGUCGGCACCCCUCCCUUCCCGCUCACUGACUACAAGGUGACGGCCGCCCUUGCCUCCAACCACAUCCUCUACUUUGGUGUUCCCAGCACCCCUGCCGGCUCGGCCAAUGUCUUUGUCAUCCACUACAGCUACUUCCAGCCCCAGGCUCAGGCAUACCCCGCUGUCGGCGGCAGCAACUUCCCCGACUCGGCCGGUCAGGCGACUUCGUUCCUCGUUCAGAACAACACGGUGCCCUACCAGGUUCUUUACGUCCCCAACGACUUCUCCAACUCGUACGUUGUCACCCACUACACCGACCCUGGAAGCUACAACAUCACCACUGGCUCGCCCAUGCCCACGUCCCUCAUCAACUCGACCCAGAUCCUCCCUCCCCCAACGUCUAAGGACACGAACGCUGCCUAUGCCGCCUCGGACUCGUCGGUCGUCCAGAUUGACACCCAGGGCAACAUCUACUACAUUGCCAACGCCGUCUCCAACUGGCAGGUCGCCUCGGGCGCGUCGUGGUCCAAGCUGAGCUACUCGCUCAAGCCGGCCACUGGCACUGCUGCCCCCACGGCUUCGCAGACUUCGGCGGGCUCGGCCUCCGGCUCUGGCGCCGCCGGCGCCUCGAAGACUGGCGCGAAGGGUGAGGCUUCGAGCUCUGGCGCUGCUGCUACCUCGUCGUCGACCGCCAAGCCUUCGGCUGCUGCCCCUGCUCUUGCUCGCAAGGACAUCCUCGGCUUCGCGCUCGGCUGUGCUGCCGUUGCCGCGGCCAUUAACGGGCGACUGGUAGUGACCGACGAGGUCGAGCACGCGCUCGAGACCGGCGCGCCGGUGGUCGCGCUGGAGACGGCGAUCGUGACGCAUGGCAUGCCGUACCCGGCCAACCUGACGACGGCGCUCUCGCUCGAGCGGAUCAUCCGCUCGCACGGCGCGGUACCAGCGACCAUCGCGCUGCGCGACGGACGCGUCCACAUCGGCCUGUCGCAGCUCGAGCUGGACAGCCUCGCGAACCCCGACCCUUCACGGCAGGCAGUCAAGGUGUCCCGGCGUGACCUGGCACCGGCGCUCGCGCUGCGCCGCGACGGGGGCACGACGGUGGCGGGCACGAUGGUGAUUGCGUCCUCUGUCGGGAUCCAGUCGUUCGUCACGGGCGGCAUAGGCGGCGUGCACCGCGGCGCCGAGAGCAGCAUGGACAUCUCGGCCGACCUCCUCGAGCUCGGCCGCACGCCCAUGAUGGUCGUGUGCGCCGGCGCCAAGUCGAUCCUCGACAUUCCGCGCACGCUCGAGGUGCUCGAGACGCAGGGCGUGUGCGUCGCGACGUUUGGCGAGACGGCGGAUUUCCCGGCCUUUUACACGCCCAGCUCGGGGGUUCAGUCGCCAUGGAGGGUCGGCAGCGUGUCGGAUGCCGCUGCGACGGUUUACACUGGCCUCACGCUCCCAUCCCCCACUGCCACGCUCCUCGCUGUGCCCAUCCCCGCCGAGUACGGCCCACGCGGGGACAAGGUCCAGGCGGCCGUCGAGCAGGCGGUCCGCGAGAGCGUCGAGCAGGGCAUCGAUAAGCGCGGCAAGGAGGUCACGCCGUGGCUGCUCAAACGCGUCGGCGAGCUGACGCAGGGCAGCGCGCUCGAGCUGAACGUCAAGCUUAUCGAGAAUAACGCACACAUCGGGACACAGGUCGCGGUCGAAGUGGCACAGCUGGCGCGGGCGGCAGCGGGUGCUCCUGCCCCUCAGCCAGCGCAGCCUGCGCUCCCUUCCGCAGUGGCUGAGCCAGCAGCACCCACCGCCUCCCACCUCCCACCCCCCUCCGUCCUCGUCGUCGGAUCAGCCGCCAUCGACCUCACCUCGAGCGUCUCCGGCCCGCUGGUACCCGGGACCACGACGCCAGGCACCGUGUUCGUGUCGCCCGGGGGCGUGGGGCGCAACAUCGCCGAGGCGGCGCAGGCGCUUCUCCCCGCCGGCGAGGUCAUGCUUCUCUCUGCCGUCGGUACCAACGCCAGUGGCACCGACACGGACGCCUUUGGUGACCUGCUCAAGCUCGAGCUGGGUAAGGGCGGCCUGCGGGCCGACGGCCUCGUCCCCCUCCCUGGCGCCACGUCCGUGUGUAACCUCCUGCUCGAGAAGGACGGGGACCUGGUCGGUGGCGUGGCCGACAUGGACAUUGUCGAGGGGCUCACCGUCGAGAGCGUCACGCGCCGCCUGCGCGACACGGCGCCCAAGCUCGUCGUGUUCGACUGCAAUCUCCGCCCCGAGGUGAUCGAGGCGAUCGUGGCGACGUCCGCCGAGCUCGGUAUCCCGACCCUGUGCGACCCGACGUCGACGCCAAAGCUCAACCGCCUCCUGCCCGCCCUGCGCGCCCACCCGCGCGCGCUGACCCACCUCUCGCCGAACCAGCUCGAGCUCGACCACCUCUACGCCGCCAUCAGCGAGAGCGACGACAACGGCUGGGAGUUUGUCAACUCGAUCGGGCUGGGCCCCGACUGGCGUGCCGGACUCGAGGCGUUCAGCAACCGCAAGCACCGCGACUGGAUCAGGAACCACGGCGUCGCCACCAAGAUGGUCGCGUGCUUGCCCUUCGUCGGCGGCUUCUGGGUCAAGGCGGGCGCCGCUGGCCUCGUGCAUCUCCGUUUCGAGGCCUCGCGCCCGCGCGAGGGCUGGCCAGAGAGCCUGGCGCACAAGGUCCCCUCUGGCCCGCUCGAGGGCCAGUGGCUCGUGCUCAGCCACUACCCUGCCCCUGUUAUCACGCCUGAGGAAAUCGUCAGCACCACUGGUGCGGGGGACACGCUCGUCGGCGGCCUCGUUGCGGGCCUUGUGGGCGGAGGGCCAGAGAUCGACUUUGUGUCCUCGGCGCUCGAGCGCGUGGGUCGCAGCCUCCGCUCCCGCCGCGCUGUUGCCUAG